AAUAACUGUUAGAGCGAAUUGUUUAAAAAAAAAUCGUUGUAAUUGAAUAAAAAAAUGACUUCUACAAAUAACAACGAUACACCAGAAUAUUUAACUCUAGAAUAUGUGAAAAAGAUUUUAACAAAUUAUUUUAAGGACACUACACUAAAAGUGAUUAAUAUGGAAACAAUACCGGCCUCAGCAAAAGGAGAAAGUUAUUGCAGUAUAAUGACUAGAGUAAAAGUCAGCUAUAAAAUUGGUCGGGAAAAAGUCUCUAAUCAAAUGCAUUUUAUAGUCAAAUCAACAUAUGAAAAUAAUCCAUAUUUAUUUAGUGUUUUAGAACAAUACGAUGUCUAUAAUACCGAAAAGCAAAUGUAUGAAUUGGUGUUUCCACAAUUGCAAAAAAUGCUUGAGGCAAUAGGUGAUAGUGAUCAAUUGUGUGCCAAAACUAUUCAUGUAGAUUAUGAACAUGAUGCUAUAAUAUUUGAAGAUUUAGCUGUGCUUAACUAUACCAUGGCCAAUCGUUUAGAGGGUAUGGACGAAAAUCAUUUGAAACUUUGUUUAAGAAAACUAGCAAAAAUGCAUGCUACAGCAGCAGUUUUAAAUGAGCGACAGACUGGUUUAUUAGAAAAAUAUUGUCAUGGUAUUUUUAAUAGACAUGUCAAUUGUUAUGGUGUAUUUUUUGAAAAUGUUAUAAAAGUAUGUGCUAAAUAUGCAGGUUCCACUCCAGAACUGGGCAAUUACUACAAAGAUAAACUAUUAAAUUUGAUACCUUAUGUAGCAGAAUAUGCUACACGUUGUUACGAUCUAAAUCCCAUGAAAUAUUUUGAAACUUUAAAUCAUGGUGAUAUGUGGACUAAUAAUGUUAUGGUUAAAUAUAAUAAUGUGGAACAGAAAACCGAAGUCAUCGAUAUUCUAUUAAUAGAUUUUCAAUAUUGCAAUUGGACUUCUCCUGCAAUUGAUCUCUAUUAUUUUCUUUGUACCUCUAGUCAAGAUGAUUUACUGUUUAAUCAUCAGCCAAAAUUAAUACAAUACUAUCACCGGGUGUUAUCGGAGACUUUGAAGAAAUUAGAUUAUAAAAAACAUAUACCAACGCUGCAUGAACUCAAUGUCCAGUUGUUAGAGAAGGCAUUCUAUGCUGUUACAUCUUUACUGGUUAACCUACCCCUUAUGAUCAACGAUAAAACUGAGGAUGCUGAUUUUGAAAGUCUUUUGGGCAGUGAUGAGAAAUCGCAAAGAUUUCACAAUGUGUUAUAUACAAAUGAAAGAGUACAAAGAAUUAUUAAAGUAAUGUUGCCUAGAUUUGAUCAAAUGGGUAUUUUAGAUGUUGUUGAUUAAUAAAAAAUGGAGACCUUCGGUCCGUAAUAUGUGA